AUGAGAUCUCUCCGGAUCAGGCCAGACUCGGACGUGUUCCAGCUUCGGCCUGAUGUGCAAAGAUGGAUCCCGGUUCACAGAGGUCGAGUAUCGGCCGAGCAGGUGCUGGAGCGGAGUUUAUACUUUCAAAGUCAAGUUGUGUUUGGAGGUUUUUGUGAGGACAGAGUCAUGGGAACGAAGGAGAGAAAGGGCUGUGUGCACUUUGCCUUGGCUUUGUCGUUACUGGAGGAUUGGAAAGAGUCGGAGGUGGAGAAUCAGAGGAGCCAGAGCCCAGUGAAUACAGGAGGACAGAGAGGACUGGUCCCACCUCUGCAGACCAGGAGGACAGAGAGGACUGGUCCCACCUCUGCAGACCAGGAGGACAGAGAGGACUGGUCCCACCUCUGCAGACCAGGAGGACAGAGAGGACUGGUCCCACCUCUGCAGACCAGGAGGACAGAGAGGACUGGUCCCACCUCUGCAGACCAGGAGGACAGAGAGGACUGGUCCCACCUCUGCAGACCAGGAGGACAGAGAGGACUGGUCCCACCUCUGCAGACCAGGAGGACAGAGAGGACUGUUCCCACCUCUGCAGACCAGGAGGACAGAGAGGACUGGUCCCACCUCUGCAGACCAGGAGGACAGAGAGGACUGGUCCCACCUCUGCAGACCAGGAGGACAGAGAGGACUGUUCCCACCUCUGCAGACCAGGAGGACAGAGAGGACUGGUCCCACCUCUGCAGACCAGGAGGACAGAGAGGACUGGUCCCACCUCUGCAGACCAGGAGGACAGAGAGGACUGUUCCCACCUCUGCAGACCAGGAGGACAGAGAGGACUGGUCCCACCUCUGCAGACCAGGAGGACAGAGAGGACUGGUCCCACCUCUGCAGACCAGGAGGACAGAGAGGACUGUUCCCACCUCUGCAGACCAGGAGGACAGAGAGGAGAAGCAGGACAAGGGGAUCAUGGCAGAGAGAGAGGAAGAGGAGAACAAGAAGGUCAUGGCAGAGAGAGAGGACAAGGAGGAUAACAAGUCUAUGCCAGAGAGAGAAGACAGAGAGGACGGCCCCAGCGACGCCUCCAGCUCAGCCGCGGUCAAGAGACGCAAAGGUGCUCUGAUCCAGAAAAGCAUCCAUGAAGUCAAAGAUCACAAGUUCAUUGCACGGGGAUUCAAGUACCCGACUCUCUGCAGCCACUGCUCGGACCUCAUCUUCGGCUUUGGGACCCCCGGGUUCCAAUGCAAAGUGUUCUGCGUGGUGGUCCACAAGAGGUGCCACGAGAUGAUCCUGUUCUCCUGCCCCGGAGCAGACACCGGGCCCGACACCGACGACCCGAGAAUGAGGCACAAGUUCAACAUCCACACCUUCAUCAGCUCCACGUUCUGCGACCACUGCGGCUCGCUGCUCUUCGGCCUCCUGCACCAAGGCAUGAAGUGUGAGUCCUGUGACAUGAACGUCCACAACAAGUGUGUCUCCAACGUGCCCAAUCUGUGUGGGACCGACCGCACCGAGAGCAGAGGCCGGCUCUACCUCACCGCCGAGGUCAAAGGCGAUAAACUGCAGGUCAAAGUCGGCGAGGGCAAGAACCUGAUCCCCAUGGACCCCAACGGACUCUCGGACCCAUACGUCAAACUCAUGCUCAUUCCCAGCCACGCCAACGACAGCAAGAAAAAGACAAAGACCAUUCGCUGCACCCUCAACCCCACCUGGAACGAGACUUUUACGUUCCAGCUGAAGCCGUCAGAUAAAGAGCGGAGGCUGUCUGUACAGGUUUGGGACUGGGACCGGAUCUCCAGGAACGACUUCAUGGGAUCUUUCUCUUUCGGAGUCUCGGAGCUGAUGAAGUCCCCGGUCUCAGGCUGGUUUAAGUUACUGUGCCAAGUGGAGGGCGAGUUCUUCAACGUCCCGAUCUUAGUGGGCAGCGACGGGAACGAGGACCUCAGGAAAAGAUUUGAGAACGCCAGGCUGGACCCAGGACCGAGGCGUGUUCCACAGAGUGAGACCUCAUCCGCCUCGCAGCUACCCGCCACCAUCAUGAAGUCGGUCAAAAUCAGCGACUUUAAAUUCCUCGCUCUGCUGGGGAAAGGAAGCUUCGGGAAAGUCAUGCUGGUAGAGAUGAAGGGUUCGGACCAGCUCUACGCUUUAAAGAUCCUGAGGAAGGACGUGCUGUUGCAGAAUAAUGACGUCUCGUACGCUUUAGUGGAGAAGAGGGUGCUAGCUCUCCAGGAGAAGUCCCCCUUCAUCACCCACCUCCACUCCUGCUUCCAAACAGCGGACCGUCUGUACUUUGUGAUGGAAUACGUCAACGGGGGAGACUUGAUGUUCCAUAUCAACAAAGCGGGGGAGUUCAAGGAACCUCAGGCAGUGUUUUACGCAGCAGAGAUCGCGCUCGCCCUCUUCUUCCUCCACGGCAAAGGCGUCAUCUACAGAGACCUGAAGCUGGACAACGUCAUGCUGGACUCAGAGGGACACGUCAAGAUCACAGACUUUGGGAUGUGCAAGGACAACAUUGUGGACGGACGGACCACGCGCACGCUCUGUGGGACCCCGGACUACAUCGCCCCAGAGAUGAUUGCCCACCAGCCGUACGGGCACUCGGUGGACUGGUGGUCGUACGGAGUCGUGCUCUUUGAAAUGCUUGCAGGGAUGCCUCCGUUUCUGGAAGAAGACCGAGACGCACUGUUUAAGCUCAUCCUGGGGUCUACCAUAGUGUACCCGUGGAGUUUCUCUAAAGAGGCAGUGUCUGUUUGCAAAGGCCUGCUGACCAAGGAGCCGGCGGAGCGUCUGGGCUGCGGUCCGGACGGGGAGCAGGACAUCCGGGGCCACGUGUUCUUCCGGCGGAUCAACUGGAUGCGGCUUCAGAACAGAGAGAUCCAGCCGCCGUUCAGGCCCAAGGCGUGCGGCCGAGGAGCGGAGAACUUUGAUAAGAUCUUCACCCGCGUAAUGCCAUUGCUGACCCCGACGGACGAUCGACUCAUCGCCAACAUCGACCAAGCUCCGUUCGCCGACUUCUCCUUCGUCAACCCUCAGCUCCCCUGUCCCUGA